AAUCCCAUGCCAGGCGCUGUACGGCUCUUGAAGCGUCUACAGGAGAACAACGUUCCAAUGGCGUUAGCCACAAGCUCCGACGAGAAUUACCAGUUGAAAACCGAUCGUUGGCGUGAUCUAUUUGAAAUCUUCCAUGACAAAGUGAUCGGCGGUUCGGAUCCCGAGGUUAUACACGGAAAGCCGGAACCCGAUAUAUUUCUCACGGCUGCCAAGCGUUUCAGCGGCAAUCCGGAUCCUUCGAAAUGUCUGAUCUUCGAGGAUGCGCCAAAUGGUGUGAAAGCGGCACUGAACGCAGAAAUGCAGGUUGUCAUGAUACCGGAUUCGAUGCUUCCCAAACAUUAUACGAGUGAAGCAACUUUGGUUCUGAAUAAUCUCGAGGACUUUCAACCGGAGAAGUUUGGGCUACCGCCAUAUGUGACAUAAUAUAUUUCCUUUUCCCGGUUUAUCAUGCGUACGUGUAUGUAUGUAUGUGCGAGAUAUGGAUUCGUGCAGAUAGGAUAUAUAUAUA